GCUUCCCCGCUUCCAGAAAGGAGCUUUGGCGUCUCAGGCCUGGGCUCUGCAGACCCCAUCUUCCAGAAUCUUCCAGAAUGGUCCUCCUGUCUGCAAAAUGGGUGCACGGCUGCUGGAGACUCCAGGGCAGCGAAGGACCUGGGAGAGGCAGUCCACUGAGUGAAGACCACCCCCCACUUGUCCCUGCAGCCCCUCACACCAUAAGUCUGGGUUUCAGGCUGAGGGCUCUGAGGGUGCUGGGGACCCAGGCCCACCCCCACCCAUUCGUGAGCUCCAUCAGCUCCUCUUCCUGCCUUUCCACAGCUGCACUUGCUAAGGACACCUGCAGUUCCUGCGAGUCCCCAUGGCCCUGGUGUUGCCUGAUGGCCAGAGAGGCCACAUUGGUGGCCAGGGGUUAGGGUCCCCUCUCUUGUUGGCACAGGAAAGCCUUCUUGUGGCCUCCACUUGCUCCCCUGGCUCUGCCAGCAGCUCCCUGUGUCUGGCCUCUGUUUCUCUGACUGUUCCAUGGUGGAGCAGGGGAGGGCAGCAUUCUCCAGGCACUUUUGGCUGCAGUAACUUGUGAUUCUGAGUUGCUGGGGGUGUGUGCAGAGGGAUGGGGUCGGGGGCAGGAAUCUAAUCUGAGAUGGAACAUUCCUGGUUUCCCAGGAGCCCGGCACUUGGGUAUCAGCUGUUUGGAAAUCAGCAGACGCCCCUGGGUGACCCUCGUGAGUGAUGGCUGGAGCCCCAGAUGGGCAGCCUGGACCCCAGUACUCCCCGCUCCUGAAGAAGCUGUACUGCCAGAUUGCCAAGACGUGCCCCAUCCAGAUCAAGGUGUCCACCCCACCGCCCCCGGGCACCGCCAUCCGUGCCAUGCCUGUCUACAAGAAGGCGGAACAUGUGACCGACAUCGUGAAGCGCUGCCCCAACCACGAGCUCGGGAGGGAUUUCAAUGAAGGACAGUCUGCCCCGGCCAGCCACCUUAUCCGCGUGGAAGGGAACAAUCUCUCACAGUAUGUGGACGACCCUGUUACCGGCAGACAGAGUGUUGUGGUGCCCUAUGAGCCCCCACAGGUGGGGACGGAAUUCACCACCAUACUAUACAACUUCAUGUGUAACAGCAGCUGUGUGGGGGGCAUGAAUCGGCGGCCCAUCCUCAUCAUCAUCACCCUGGAGACCCGGGAUGGACAGGUGCUGGGCCGCCGGUCCUUCGAGGGCCGCAUCUGUGCCUGUCCUGGCCGUGACCGCAAGGCUGACGAGGACCACUACCUCGAGCAGCAAACCCUGAACGAGAGGAAUGAGGGCGCUGCCAGGAGCAGUGCCGCCAGCAAGCGCACAUUCAAGCAGAGCCCUCCCUCUGUCCCUGCCCUGGGCACCGGCGUGAAGAAGAGGCGGCACGGGGAUGAGGACAUUUACUACCUGCCCGUGCGCGGCCGGGAGAACUUUGAGAUCCUGAUGAAGGUCAAGGAGAGCCUGGAGCUGGUGGACCUGGUGCCACAGCCACUGGUCGACUCCUACCGGCAGCAGCAGCAGCAGCUCCUGCAGAGGCCGAGCCACCUGCAGCCCCCGUCCUAUGGGCCUGUGCUGUCACCCAUGAACAAGGUGCAUGGGGGUAGCAACAAGCUGCCCCCAGUCAACCAGCUGGUGGGCCAGCCUCCCUCCCACAGCUCGGCGCCUGGGCCCAGUCUGGGGCCCGUGGGCCCUGGGGUACUCACCAACCACAGCCAUGCCCUGCCGGCCAAUGGGGAGGCCAACGGGAGCCACAGCACCCAGCCCAUGGUCUCAGGGUCUCACUGCACUCCGCCACCCGCCUACCACGCCGACCCCAGCCUCAUCAGUUUUUUAACAGGUUUGGGGUGUCCAAACUGCAUCGAGUAUUUCACCUCCCAAGGGGUACAGAAUAUUUACCACCUGCAGAACCUAACCAUCGAGGACCUGGGCGCCCUGAAGAUCCCUGACCAGUACCGCAUGACCAUCUGGCGGGGCCUGCAGGACCUGAAGCAGGGCCACGACUACGGCGCCCAGCAGCUGCUGCGCUCCAGCAGCAACGCGGCCACCAUCUCUAUCGGCGGCUCUGGGGAGCUGCAGCGGCAGCGGGUCAUGGAGGCCGUGCACUUCCGCGUGCGCCACACCAUCACCAUCCCCAACCGCGGCGGCCCGGGCGGGGGCGCGGCGCCCGAGGAGUGGGCGGACUUCGGCUUCGACCUGCCGGACUGCAAGGCCCGCAAGCAGCCCAUCAAGGAGGAGCUGUCCGAGGGCGAGGUCCACUGAGGCCGUCUGGGGGCAGGACCUGCGCGCUGCGCCCGCACAGUGGGGUUCGGGAGCCGCCCGGGCAGCCUGAAUGGCGCUGUCCGCUAGGGGCGCUCGCGAGGGCCAGGCGCCGGACACCGAGGCAAAGGCCGGCCACCCGCUCAGCCACUGUCACCGUCCCAGACCUCCAGGUGGGCGCUGACCCCCUGCCUCCUCUUAGGGACGCUCGCGGCCUUGCGACAUCCUUCCAGAGGACUGUCUCUGCCGACAGACUGCCACACUGUUUCCCCACGCCCUACGGUUCGCAGCGGGGAGCGCCCAGUGACUGUGCGAAGCGCGCGUUUUCAAGGAAGCCGCCGGGACUGUGUCUUCGACCGAGGCGAGGGCGCCCUCUGCGGGCGCCGGGAGGGGCCUGCACCCACCGCCAGGCCCGCGGGGCGCCUCCCCCACCCCACUCUCCCUCCCCUGCCCCCUCCCAAAGCACCCUGCGAACUGCUGCUGGGACUGGAUGGGGGCGCUGGGGAGGCACCUGGUGUCACCUUGCAAUGCUGCGGGCCACACCUGCCUCCCCUGAGUGGCCCCUCAGUAGACAGACUAAAGGCAUGUCCCCAGACUCCUGGGAAUUGUUGAUAUUUGAUAAAAUGAUACCCUUUUCUAUGUGGUGGGUCAGCUUUAUUUUUUUUUAAACUUUCACUCUCAACGUUCCCUUUUGAGUUCAAUCAAGUGCCCGUGAGCCGGGCUAAGGAUGCUAAGUGACAAACCAGGUGGGCUGUCACUUGUUCCCAGGAUGUCUGCAGGACAGGGUAGGGGCAGCCAUUGCAUGUGGCUGGGAAUGCCCUCCUGGGGUUCCCUUUGCAAGGUAGGACAACCAGUGGUCUCUUCCGUGGAGGUGGCAGUUGGGGAUGGCACUUAGCAGGUGGGGCGGGUCCCAGCCUCAGGAAGCACCUCCAGGAAUUAGGGGGCCCAGGAGUUAGCUUCUGUAUGGGCUCACCCAUGGGGGCCAUUUCUUUCCUUCUGAGCCUCAGAGGCCAGAGCAUCACCUGUCCCAGAGUCCAGCUCCUGGUCAGGGGCAAGGCCACGGGGGGACCCUCACCAUGUUAGUGGAUGAAGAGGGUCCAGCUGCCUGUCCCUGUCAGCCAAUAUGCAGAGACAAAGAUAGGUCCGUCAAACUUUGUCAGAAGGCCGGGAUUCUGGAGAACAGUGAGAGUAGCCUCUCCAAGACUGUUCUGUUCUCCCAUUUCCAAAAUUACAGUUUUAUACAUAAAAGUUCAAAGCAAAGACCACACCAACCCAUAAUCCAAAUAAUAAUCAGCAUAUCUCAGUGACCUAUUACAACAUUCCAAUUCAAAAGUUCAUCUCCUAAAUCAAUCCAUCUGAACUACUCAAGAUAGGAAUCUAGAGUGGGAGCUAAAUUUACAAAACAGUAAAAGUGGAAGGGGGGGAAGGUCAGGCAGGACCUAAGCCGACCAGCUCAGCUGUGUCACAUCCGUCCCAGCCUGCCUGACUCCGUCUUAUUCUCACUACACAUUCUUUCGACAGCAUCUUGGUUCAGGGCUGAGUGCAGGCUGCCCGGCCCUCUCCCACGUGGUUGCUCCCCACCCCUUUAUGGGGUGGGGGUUGCAUCAGCUCCUUCAGGUGUGGUUCCCCCCACUAAUAUCACCCCACAGAAUCAGUUAAGCCCCCCAGGCCAGAGGAAGGUGCAGACACAGCCCCCUUCAGGGUAGGCUCCAAACGGAGACUCUGUCUUGGAGCUUGGCAACCCCAUCUCCACAGAGCCCAGGUGCUGGUGUCUGUGAUGACUCAGCUGUCUCCCCCACUGCAUACCCUGGGGGACCUUUCUGAAGGCAGAGACCUGGGUGGCGUCUGAUGGGAGCAGGCCCAGGUGUGUCAGAGCUCUGGGUGGCUACACCUGGCAAGCAGGCUGAGGGACCUAGGUCCUUCUGGCCAGCCCCUUCCAGUUGCAGCUUCUAGGAGAUCUUCCAUCUGCCUGGAAGCCACGGCUAUGUCCAGAGGGUCCAUCACCACAGAGGCAGCAGUGGGCUCAAGGCUUGGGGGGGAAGGUGUGGUGGCCCCGGCUUCAUGUUACCUCAGCCUCCUCCUCGUAGCCUGGGAGUAAGUACCCUCUCCCUGCCCAUUAGUAGAUGAGGAAACUGAAGCCAAAAAGGCUAAGUUCUGUACUCUACAGCACACCCAGCUGACAGGAGAGAUGGCUGGAGUCUGGGCACUUUUGAGGCCACACACUGCAGCCCUGGUCCUGCCCCUGGCUUCACUCAGAAGUCACAGAGGCCCAAUCCAAUCCCUGGCUGAGAAGCACUUGUGUCCCUGAGUCUCCCAUGAAUCUGCUUCCAAGGCACACUCCCUGUCACCCCCAGCCCGGUAGGGGUUGUCCUGAUUAAUGAGGUGGGUGGCACAGAGCAGAAAGGCCCUCCCAAGAAUAGGACAGGAUUCUCACAGGUGGAGAACCUCCCCUGGGGAGCCCCAGGCCACACACAAUUCAAGGCCUAGGUCCUUCCUGCCAGCCCCUUCCAGUGCCCCCUCAAACACCGCUGGCAGCUGGAGAAGCUAUCAGAACAAGUAGAGCUGAAAUUUUGCCAAGGUUAAGAGAAAAUGCAGAUUCCAGGAAUAGGGAUCUUUUUAGGUUUGAAACCCUUGCUCUAUAAAAUCCCAAAAUCAAGAAGAAAUAAAUCUUUAAGGUGAAGUUUUCCAGCAGUGUGGAGAGGGUGAGCACAGGGCAGAAAGAGCAGACAGGUAGCUCACCUCCAGUCAGCCUGAGACCGGCCCCUCCCCGGCUGUCUUCAGGUCCCAGCUGCCGAGAGGCCACAGUUGUGCUCUGGGUUGUAGGGACGUGGUGCAGAACAUCACAACAUCACAAACAUCCUCUUCUCUGUUAUUGGUUGAAGCACUUUAAUGCUUUAAGUUUUUUAAAACAAUACAUCAUCCAUGUUUUCCAUGUGAGAUGAUUGCUUCUUCAAGCAGUAUUAAUGGAUAUUUUCCAGUGACAUGAACUUUUCUUGGUAACGUAUGUAAUCUUGGGAAAAUGUGUUAUUUUUUUAGCUGUGUUUUGGUGGGAAUCUUUGUUUUUGUUGCAUAAUAAAGCA